GUUCUAUCGCACCACAAACAGCGCCUUUCAACGUAUUUACUAAAACUCUUUCUUUUCGUUGUACCCGCCUUCGUCGUGCUUAAAGAAACCGCAACAAGAGAGACCAAAAAAUUACUUCGAACCUCUUUUUGUAUUUCGUGUCUGUGUGUGUGCGUUGCGCUGUCUACACAUACGUGUGUUCCGCUACACUUUGACCCAUCACGACCGGCUUAGCCACCUCUGCUCCUUAACCCCUUCUUUCUUUUUGUUGAUAAGGACGAAGAGGAGAGUACUUUCAGAGUGUAAGACCAGCGAGAAGACACGACUGUAGAGAGAUAAAUAUAAAUAUAUAUAUUCAGCAACAGCAUGCCGCCAACGAUAAACAGCGAUCGCCCCGCAAUGCGGUCAUCCACGCGUGCCACGACGUCGCCUGGCGCGUCCGUCAGCCGCAAAUCGCGCAAGUCCAAAACCCCUGCGGCCACCACCGCCAUUCCCAACGCGAGCACCAAAACCCCGAAGAAGGGGCGGGUGCUGCGCCGGAGCGAGGGCGGCGCCCCGACAAGCAUGCGCUCCUUAUCGAAGCGCGACGUCACCGCCGUGUGCGACUCCGUCAGCGUCGCCGGUCGCUUUGACGGUCAGUCGCGCUGCUCGGCCAUGUCGCCGGACGCGACGGUGUGGACGGGGGAAGCGGACGGCUCCAUUGUGAUCCGGCUCGCCCCGAGUGGGAUGGUGGUCAGCCGCAUCGAACCCAUCGGCCGCGCCGCUGUACUGACGCUGACAAGCGUGAAGAGCAGGAUGUGGGCAGGCUACUCGGACGGCACCCUUCGCGUGUUCGACCACGCGUCGCGCAAGAUGCUGCGGGAAUGCACGCAGCACACGGCGGCCGUGUAUGCCAUGUGCGCCGCGGACGGCUUCGUCUACGCGGCCGGCGCCGACUGGAAGGUGUACCAGUGGGAGGCGUACGACCUGCACUUUUGUCGCAUGUACAGCGGGCACCGCAACACGGUGCGCUGCCUGGCGACCUACAAGGACCCCGAAAGCAGCCGCCGCUACGUCGUGUCGGGCAGCGACGACGGCACGGUGAAGGUGUGGGACGCCGCCGCGACGGUGACGUCUGUGAAGAAGACGGCCGCGAGCAGCGAGAAGGAGGCGGGCUGCAUCGCUACCCUGGACGGGCAGGGCAGCGGCGUGCUCAGCAUGCUGGUCCUGGAGGACACGGCGGAGCUCUGGGUGGGCAGCGAGGACACCGCCAUUCGUGUGUGGGACCUCUUCUCGAUGACCAUCACCUCCGUCAUCACGGCGCACCGCACACCGGUGGUGUCGCUGCAACGGGUGGAGGAGACGAUCUGGUCCGGCAGCAAGGACAACGCGAUUGUGAUCACCAACCGCUUCUCGAAAGACGUCGUGCACCGAUCGGCGCAGCCGCCCACGAGCAGCAGUAGUCCGCUGCAGCGCUUCGGCAACAUGUCCAUCCAGCCCGUCACCCGCACGGUGGUGUACAACGUGUGGGCGACGAGUGCGGACGGAUCGUGGCAGUGCUGGAACUUCGCGGCACCGGAGGGCGGGGCGCCCUUCACCGCCGACGCCCCCGCCAAGUACCCCGAGGGCCACUACCUCUCCGAGAACCGCCACCGCGCCUCCGCGCCGACGAGUCAGCGCCGCGGCAACAGCGCGCGGGCCGGCACCGUUGCGGACGCGCCGGCCUCGAACAGCGCCAGCCGUUAUCUCAACGGGUCGGUGAAGGAGGAGGAGGAUGCGGAACUGCGCGAGAGCGUCGCCCGCACCCGCCGCUCCGUCGAGGAGUUGCUGACCGAGUCGGCGGAGGUGUCGCGGAGGAGCAUGAGCGCCGUAGAGGAUGAAAAGCAAGAGAAGGCAAAACCCGCGGGGGAUGAGGGGGACGAUGUCCCGAUUGAGGUGGUGGCCGAGUCGAUCCUGCACGAUCGCGCGGAACAGACACAGAAGGAGGUGGAGCACCAGCAGGCGCAGCUGCAGAAGGCCACGAAACAAGCAGAGAUGAUGCGUGCCCAGCUGCGCGAGCUCGGUCAGGAUCCCGCCGCGGUGGCGGCGGCGGCGGCCCCUCUGACAGCGCAGAAGAGCAGUGCGACGGACAGCCCGGGCACCGCAGCGCUGGAUGGCGUCUCGGCGAAGCUGGCGGCGCAGAAGGCGGAGAACGCCGCGUUGGCUGCCGCGAUCGGCGCCGCAAAGAAGUAG